AGUCGCUCGGCUCGCGAGGGCAGCGGUUGGUCGGAAGGUCGGGGUCAGUUUUUUGUUUUUUUUUACCGCUCCGGGGAGUACACAGCGCCCGGACCCGACUCGGUACAGGAGCAGAACCGCCAUCUGGACCUGCUUUACCCGCAGAAGGCAGAGGGAGGGAAGGCGAGAGAGAAAAGGAUGCUGACCUGCUCCUGGAUCAGCAGGUAGAACCCAGAACACGGUCUGUUACGUCGAGGUCCGGAAACCCCCGUGCAGACGGGAUCCCCGCCCUGAACCACAUCCAGCAGCACUUAUUGGGAAGCCAAUGUUUACUUCCUUGUUUCCAUGGUAACCAAAAGGAAAAUGCACGUCCACGUCUGGAUUUAAACUCGCUUAUUUGUCUCCUCCAACCACCUCCUGUGAAAACUACACUACCCACAAUUCCUGUGAAUUGACGGUCAUUAUUCAGAGAAACAACUCUACUGUAACGAGCAUCAACAUGGCCAAUAACACGGCCGACCACCCGCCGGGAAAUUCAGUCGCCGAGGGGAACCAUGACGGGGACUUUGGGGUGACAAUGGAGGAUCUAAGGGACCUCAUGGAGCAGCGGAGCUCCGAGGCCGUCAGCAAGAUCCAAGAGGGGUUCGGAGACGUGCAGAGCAUCUGCCGCCGCCUGAAAACAUCACCUAUUGAAGGUCUGUCUGGAAACCCGGUGGAUUUAGAAAAACGUCAGACGGUCUUUGGAAAGAACUUUAUUCCUCCAAAGAAGCCCAAAACUUUCCUGCAGCUGGUGUGGGAGGCUCUGCAGGAUGUAACACUCAUUAUCCUGGAAAUCGCUGCAAUCAUUUCAUUGGGUCUGUCCUUCUACCACCCACCAGGGGGCGACACUGAAGCAUGUGGCCAAGCUGCAGGCGGUGUCGAGGACGAUGGAGAAGCUCAGGCGGGCUGGAUCGAGGGAGCGGCCAUCCUGUUCUCGGUCAUCAUUGUGGUUCUGGUAACGGCCUUCAACGACUGGUCCAAGGAGAAACAGUUCCGUGGAUUGCAGAACCGCAUCGAAAAGGAACAAAAGUUCACGGUGAUCCGUAAAGGCCAGGUUAUCCAGAUCCCUGUGGCUGAGAUCGUGGUGGGAGACAUCGCUCAGAUCAAAUACGGAGACCUGCUGCCCGCUGACGGGAUCUUGAUCCAAGGGAACGACCUGAAGCUCGAUGAGAGCACCCUGACCGGGGAGACCGAUCAGGUUCGCAAAUCACUUGAGAAGGACCCCAUGUUGCUGUCUGGGACUCAUGUGAUGGAGGGAUCUGGCAGGAUGGUGGUGUCAGCUGUCGGCCUCAACUCUCAGACCGGCAUCAUCUUAACCCUCAUGGGCAGCAGCGAGCGCGACGAAGAGAAGAAGGUCAAGAAAAGUAAAAAACAAGGACCCCCCGAAAAUCGCAACAAAGCCAAGACUCAGGACGGCGUCGCUCUGGAGAUCCAGCCGCUGAAGAGCGAGGAGGCCGCCGAGCUGGAGGAAAAGGAGGAGGUGAAACAGGUGAAGAAGGUCAACGUCACCAAGAAGGAGAAGUCUGUGCUGCAGGGCAAACUGACCCGGCUCGCUGUGCAGAUCGGAAAGGCUGGUCUGUUUAUGUCCACUCUCACCGUCAUCAUCCUCAUCCUCUACUUUGUGAUCGACACCUUUGGAGUCCAGGGGCGCACCUGGGUGGCAGAGUGCACGCCGAUAUACAUUCAAUAUUUUGUAAAGUUCUUUAUAAUCGGUGUGACGGUGCUGGUGGUGGCCGUUCCUGAGGGGCUGCCUCUGGCUGUCACCAUCUCUCUGGCCUAUUCUGUCAAGAAAAUGAUGAAAGACAAUAACUUGGUGCGUCACCUGGAUGCAUGUGAGACCAUGGGCAACGCCACGGCCAUCUGCUCAGACAAGACCGGCACGCUGACCAUGAACCGGAUGACGGUGGUGCAGGCGUAUAUCGGAGACGCACACUACAAGAGCAUCCCCGAACCCGAUGUCCUCACCCCAGGAACAGUGGACGUGUUGAUUAACAGCAUCUCCGUCAAUUCAGCCUACACCACCAAGAUUCUGCCUCCUGAGAAAGAAGGCGGCCUCCCUCGCCAUGUUGGCAACAAGACCGAGUGUGCUCUGCUGGGCCUGGUUCUGGACCUGAAGAGAGACUACCAGCCGAUCAGAGAGGAAAUCCCUGAAGAGAAACUCUACAAGGUUUAUACAUUCAACUCCUCCCGCAAGUCCAUGAGCACCGUGUUGAAGAACGCUGAUGGAGGCUUCCGCAUGUACAGCAAGGGCGCGUCCGAGAUCGUCCUGAGAAAAUGCUCCCGUAUCUUAGAUGCUCAGGGCCAGCCCCGGAUCUUCAAACCUAAGGACCGUGACGAAAUGGUGCGUAAGGUGAUCGAACCAAUGGCGUGUGACGGGCUGAGGACCAUCUGCGUGGCUUUCAGGGACUUUCCUGCCGAAGCUGGAGAGCCGAACUGGGACAAAGAGAACGAAAUCCUCAGUGAUCUCACCUGCAUCGCUGUGGUGGGCAUCGAGGAUCCGGUCAGACCUGAGGUACCUGAGGCUAUAGCUAAAUGCCAGCGUGCAGGAAUCACUGUCCGUAUGGUGACUGGGGACAACAUCAACACGGCCCGCUCCAUCGCAACCAAGUGUGGCAUCCUGCUUCCUGGGGAGGACUUCCUGUGCCUGGAGGGCAAGGAGUUCAACCAGCAGAUCAGAAACGACAAGGGAGAGGUGGAACAAGAGCGUCUGGACAAGGUUUGGCCCAAACUGCGUGUUCUGGCCCGUUCAUCACCGACAGACAAACACACUCUGGUCAAAGGCAUCAUUGACAGCACGGUGGGAGAAACCCGACAGGUGGUGGCAGUGACUGGAGACGGUACCAACGACGGACCCGCCCUCAAGAAGGCCGACGUGGGCUUUGCCAUGGGAAUCGCCGGCACAGACGUGGCAAAAGAAGCUUCUGACAUCAUCCUCACUGAUGAUAACUUCACCAGCAUCGUUAAAGCCGUCAUGUGGGGCAGGAACGUUUACGACAGCAUCUCCAAGUUCCUGCAGUUCCAGCUGACCGUCAACGUGGUGGCUGUGAUCGUGGCGUUCACCGGCGCCUGCAUCACACAGGACUCUCCUCUGAAGGCCGUCCAGAUGCUUUGGGUCAACCUCAUCAUGGACACUUUGGCCUCUCUGGCUCUGGCCACUGAACCUCCGACGGAGUCUCUGCUGCUACGUAAACCGUACGGCCGUGACAAGCCCCUGAUCUCCCGGACGAUGAUGAAGAACAUCCUGGGCCACGCCGUGUAUCAGCUGAUCAUAAUCUUCACUCUGCUCUUCGCUGGUGAGAAGUUUUUUGACAUCGACAGCGGCCGUAACACCCCCCUGCACUCGCCUCCAUCCGAACACUACACCAUCGUUUUCAACGUCUUCGUCAUGAUGCAGCUCUUUAACGAGAUAAAUGCCAGGAAGAUCCACGGGGAGAGAAAUGUGUUUGAAGGCAUUUACAGAAACCUCAUCUUCUGUGGUGUGGUACUGGGGACCUUCGUCCUACAGAUCAUCAUUGUUCAGUUUGGAGGGAAGCCGUUCUCCUGCCACCCCCUGACCAUCGACCAGUGGAUGUGGUGUGUGUUCAUCGGCGUGGGCGAGCUGCUGUGGGGCCAGCUGAUCACAUCCAUUCCAACCCACCACCUCAAAUUCCUGAAGGAGGCCGGCCACGGAAUCACCAAGGAGGAGAUCCACAAGGAGGAGCUGACGGAGGACAUGGACGAGAUCGACCACGCAGAGAUGGAGCUAAGGAGAGGCCAGAUCCUGUGGUUCAGAGGUCUGAACCGCAUCCAGACACAGAUGGAUGUGGUCUAUACCUUCCAGACGGGCCAGGCGGCAGUGCCCGGCGCCCUGCGCCGCCAGCCGUCCGUCGUCAGCCAGCACAAUGAUAUUAAGGUGGUGAAUGCGUUCCGUAGCUCCCUCUUUGAGCUGGAGAGCCCACAGUCUCGUAGCUCAAUCCAUAACUUCACGAUCCAUCCUGAGUUUGUGCCAGAGUCGGAGGAGGAAGCUCGCAUCACAGAGGAGACGGGGAGUGAGAUCGAUCCCCUUCCCGAGGCCGAGUCUUAGGUCGGUGGAGGGGGAGGAGAACCACCCCAGCGCUUUCUCUGACAACCGAAACCCAACCUUCUUAACUCCUCCUCCUCCUUCAUCAGCUUCCCGUCAGUCACUUCGAGGAGGGAAGUCCCAACUUUGUUCACUUUGCACCCAUCUACUCCUCACACCAUGUUCACCACUGUCCUCCACGUUAUUCUCAUACUGACUGUGGUGGUGUUCUGCCUGUAAGCUUGUUCCUCCCAGUCCCAACUGACUGAUUUAGUUUUGUUAUCAAUAAAAGACACCAGCUCACUAAUCGUUCUACCGCAGCUCUGUAACAUGCUGAGUCCUACCACCAUCGUGUCAUCAGCAGACUGAAUGAGCUGUUUGUGCUGAAACGUCAGGUGUCAGCGGAGUAAAGAGUGAAGGACUGAGUACACGUCCAUGAGGAACCCCAGUGCUCAGUUUGUGGAGCGUUUCAUCUUACUGCCAACAAGUUCUGUCUGUUUUCAGUUCGAGCAGAAAGAGCUCCACUGGAAACUCGAGUCCUGGCUCAGCUGUUUUCUCUGGCUAGGAUAAGAUGGCGCUCAGUCCAUGUGUGAUGACAUCAUCUAUGGAGCAGUUGACUCAAUGAUCAACUGUUGGGGAUCCAAAGGAGGAGUGAGGCUGGUUUUAAUGUACCGUAACAUUCAUUAAAUCACUAAAUCAGGGGUGUCCAAUUCUGGUCCUGGAGGCCACUCUCCUCCAUAUUUUACCUGUGUCCCUGCUCCAACACACCUGGUUCCAUGGUUAAAUCACCUCAUCAUGUUCUGUCUGUUAAUCACUGAAUGAUUCAGAUCAGGUGUGCUGGAGCAGAGAAACUAAGACCUGCAGGACAGUGGUCCUGGGGGAGCGGGACUGGACCCCCCUGGACUAAAUGAAUGUUCAUCGAUGGUUGACUCCAAGUCCUGCGAAUGUUUAAUGAGUGUGACACUACAGUUCUUCAAAAUUGACUCGUUAAAAAUUGUUCUUCCUCUUCGUGUUUCUAUGUGUUUUUAUUUUCUUUAGAUUCUGCGAUGCAUGUGGAAGAACAGAAUGUUUACUUCUCAAAAUGACCAAACAUGACUGCAUCCAGAGAGGGCUUGGUUCUCAUCUCAUCCUGUUAGGGUUCUGGUUCCUUCUGUCCCCUUUAAACUGGCAGUGUCUGAGAAACAGGAGUGUGGUCCGUGUCGGUCGAGGAUGGAGGUUUUGUUUCAUUCAUGUAGAGUCACGAGAACUUCUGAUUGAACAUUUGAUUUGGACGGACAUGUUUGUUAGUUUGUGGCUGAGUCGGUUCAGAGCUCCAUGAAGGUCCUGUCUGUAGAGCCGAACGUCCAGAACAUUCAGAGGACAAGAACAACCUGGCUGCAGGAAACAUCGCUGAGCUUCACUUCAGAACACCGGUCCAAGUCGGUCUCGACCUCAGACCUGUUGACUUGUUACACAUUCACAAUGAUGAGCUAAAACUGACAGACCUUCACAGCUUCAUGCAGGUGACCAAAGCAUCUCGCUGUGAGCCAGGCACACAAAGACCCUGAUGACCCUCAGGAGGUGUGUGUGUGGGGGGAGGGGUUGACCUGCCUGUGAGUUUAGCUGCAGAUGCAGUUUAAAGUAUGAAACUCCACACUACAGUUUUGAAUAGAGUUCUGGGUCUGCCCCAGGGUCCUCCUUCCAGAGCACCUCAGCUGCUGGAGAUUCUGAGGCUGAGCCCAUCUAACCUACACAGGAGGCUCAUUUCAGCUGCUUGGAUCCAGGAUCUGGUUCUUUCAGUCCUGAUCCAAACCUCGUGGGCACGGGCGAGAUCAUAGAUGGACCAGUAAAUCCAGAGCUUGGCCUCUCAGUUCAGCGCCUUCACUAUGACAGACUGGAGCAUCACCCUCAUUACUGCAGACUAGGCCCUGAUCCUGUUGGUCCAUCUCUCGGGAACACGACUUCCGUAUACUUGAACCUUCAUUUCUGGUUCAGGUGUUGUCCACCUCCACCCGUCGACACAAACGAACACCAGGUCCUCUGAAGUUCUCCUGUAGCUGAAGAACGUCCACGUUUCAAACUCUGUGCAGGAAGUUCAGUCCAACAGACAGGAAGUAGAUGGAGCAGUCUGGACCGUGUGCUUGUGUGUAGGUCGAUCUUAGUGUUUCCUCGUUUGUCAGGUGUAGAAUCAGCUGUCAGUGACAUCACACGGCCAGGCGCGAGCAGGCGUCCCCUCAUCUUCAUCACUGCGUCGCCGCUCUGCUGUGUUCGACAGGCGUCGCUGUCGAAGCCACGCUGAGGUUUAUGGGAGACUGAUGAUGUCACCAGUCAGCCCGUAGAGUUAAAUCCACUGUGUCCCCACCGCCGCUCGCCGCUUCCUGCUCCAUGCGGUCCGCAGGUCAAAGGUCGAACAGGACGACUCGUCCUGCGGUUAGAGGCAGCGGCGUGUUUAAUCCGACAAACAGCCAUCGAACCCGUCACUGAAACAAGACACUGAGGUAACGUGCUACUACUGCCAUACUUCCAGCGUUCGUCAUGACUCGGUUAUUCUCCCCCUCAGAUAACUUUUUCUAUUUACUCAGAGCCAUAUUUUAUAGGAUGUUGUUUUGUCAUUGUUGCUGAGCUCUUA